GAGGGGACUCCGGAACCAGGAGGAGCUGUUUUUGGGGUGUUGUGAAUUUGUGUUGCGAAGAAAUCUCGAGUGGGAGUUGUCGGGCUGAUUUGUUGUGCAUUUUGUCCGUCAAAAACGCACCGAUUACCGACGCGCCAGCCGCAGCCAUGCCCGGGAUAGAGAAGCUGCCGAUAGAGGAGACGCUGGAGGACAGUCCGCAGACACGCUCUCUGCUGGGGGUGUUUGAGGAGGACACUGCAGCCAUCUCCAGCUACUGCACACAGCUCUACCAGGCCAUGCAGAGGAUUUAUGAUGCACAGAAUGAGCUGAGUGCUGCAACACACCUGACCUCCAGACUACUGAAAGAGUAUGACAAACAGCGUUUUCCUCUAGGGGGCGAUGAUGAGGUGAUGAGCUCCACCCUGCAGCAGUUUGCAAAAGUCAUUGAUGAGUUGAGUUCCUGUCAUGCUGUCUUGUCCACCCAGCUUGCAGAUGCCAUGAUGUUUCCUGUUACUCAGUUUAAAGAGAGAGACCUGAAGGAAAUCCUCACGCUGAAAGAAGUCUUCCAAAUAGCCAGCAAUGAUCAUGACACAGCCAUUAACAGAUACAGCCGCCUGUCCAAGAGGAGAGACAACGAGAAAUUGCGGGCGGAGGCUGUGGAGGACGUCUACACCUCUCGCAAGAAACAGCACCAGACCAUGAUGCACUACUUCUGCUCUCUUAACACACUUCAGUACAAGAAGAAGACGGCUCUGCUGGAGCCGCUGCUGGGCUACAUGCAGGCCCAGAUCAGUUUCUUUAAGCUGGGUUCAGAAAAUCUUACCCAGCAGUGGGAGGACUUCCUGGGAACCAUAGGAACCAGUGUCCAAAAUGUGCGUCGUGAGAUGGAGGAGGAGGUUGGGCAGAUGCAGCAGACUAUCCAAGAUAUGGAGAGAUCAUGUGACCCUCUGUACGCACCGUGUGACCCUGAUCCCGCCCACUCACCUGUCUGUCGCAACCUGACCAGGAAACAGGGCUACCUGUACAUCCGCAA